AAUAUCGAAGGGAAAUGGCAACCAAUUCCCUUUUUUUUUUCUCGUUCUAUCUCCAAUUUCAAAACGAGAAAAACAAAAAACAAAAACCUAUACCUCAACUGAUAUUUAUGCUAAAUCGGUCGAAAACGAAUUCAUCUUUUGUUUUCGUUUUCUUACCCUGCCUUUUCGUUGUCGACCAAAGGUCGCGUCUGAUCGUUGGUCACCCACUUGUGUUCAAACUCUCGACGACUGUGGAUAGAUACUUUGUUAUUGUCAUUCACAGACACUUUGGAUUUCAAUACAGAUUUACUUCAAUUCAUUUUUGCCUAUAUUUCCAUGUAUCAACUCUAUUAGAUUUCUUUGUUUUAUAUUGUUCAAAUUCACAUUUGUUGUUUUUUUCCAUAUUAUUUGGCACCGCCAUUUUGUUAUUCAUGUUGAACGCUUCCAUUUCCAUCCCAGACCAGGUGAAUCGAAUGAGUUCGCUGCAAGACGUGAACGUGGUUCCCACCACUAAUUCCACAUCAUCUUCGGGGCUGGUAAGCGUCGUGGUCGUUUGUAUGACAGUUAUGGCCGUUUGCGCCCUCGUCUAUUUUGCUAUCCGUUGCUAUUUUGACGAGAGACGAUGGCGGGCCAGUGCACUUCUCUGUAAAUGUUUGCCACCGCCAUCAACGGCCUCACUUGCCGAAUGUGGCAAUUCGUGCCGAUACGUCGAGCGGAGGGCAGUUAACGUGGCGGUACAGACUGGCGCGACGGAGCCGUCCGUUUCUAAUCGAUGGUCGAUGUCUGACGUUCGUAUGUCGGAAGCGAAACGCAUUUCUGGUUGCGCUUUUAGUUCGCCGUUGGCGAAUAAUAACGAAGCUAUACCUAGUUGGCGACCACCGGCUACGGGUUCUAGUCAACGUCAGGGCAGCCAUUAUUAUCGUUUGCAAAAAUCGAGUCAGCGCCAAAAGCAUCGCAAUCAUCGUCAAGUUCAACGUCAAUAUUAUCGAGAAGCUCAGCAGCGCGAAGAAGAUGAUUGUCAGCAUUAUCCGCUGCGUCGUUCACGUCCCGCUUCUAUGAUGCCGUCUAUUCAAAUUCAAUCGCCAUCCAGCUCGGAAUCGUAUUCCAUUUUGACCAUGUCGACUCAUUCGAAAAGUGCAGCCAUCAGCAAUAGACACUUCACACCUGCCACUUUUUCCGGCUCGGAUGACGAGUCUCAUCGUCACAUUCAGUACAGUAAAAGCGGUUUAUCUGAAGGACAUUCUUAUGGAUCUACGAAUCCGUAUCAUCCGCGCUACAACACGCCCGUCUCUGAGCUCAACAACGAUGCCGAAUCGGUGCUUGCCACGGCUGAUAUUGAACAGGCUGUUGCGGUUGUUGAGCCCGAAGAAAAGGGUGUAGCUGAUGGGGAAGAAGAAGCUAAACCGGAAUUGAUGAAUCAUUAUUUAAUGGAUCGGGCCGCGGUAGAUGAUCGGAAAUGGUCAAGAAAAAGUACAAGUCCUCGCAGUAUGGUUGACGGCGGGUUUACAUCCGCCGAACCGGCCGCUAGUGCUGUAACGUCUGCGACGGAUGCCCCCAUGAUUCCGACCACCACGAUCCAGCUGGUGGAUGAAGCGACUCAGAGUUGUCCGUCUUCGGUCAGUGGUUGGUAUCCUAACCAUUUGAAACGUUGCCAGACGUCGAAAACCGACAGCAGUUGCAGCCUGAACGUGGUUUCCGCUGGAUACGGUCUUCCGCUCGAUAUUGCUCGAUCCGCUCUGCCGCUCAAGGGCACUUUUCCGUCGUUCGAAAUUCUGCCAGGAGGCCGCUUGGUAAACAGAAGGACGCAGACGGAUAAUGGCAGUUUGGCUUCGCUGGAUUGGGAUAAUUACGAGAGCGAGCGGUUGCGGUCUGAAAUGGAUGUCGAGGUGGAUUUGGACGACGAUUUCGAAGGUGGAGAUGGUUAUCAUCGGUUGACGAACGUGGACGAAGGUGUCGAAGGCAUGACCAGCUCUGCCACGCUGAUGGCGUCUCACGCGUCGGCCGAUACGACGCUGCAAGCGUCGCGUACGUCUCAUCGAUCGGCGUCGUCUCCCUACGUCCUCUGUUUUGAGUGCAGCGAAGAUUUCAGUGUCAACAAUGAACGACGUUCUAGUGCCGCCUUUUUCUUCCCACGGCACACGUCCAGCUCGAGUCCGGCUAGUCGUAAUGCCAAUCGUCGACACCAGCGUCCCGUUGCGCCACCGUCGCCACCGAAUCUGCUCGUUUCGCCUCAACAGCCCAUAGCGUCUGGCCGUCAUCCGCAGCCGGACGGCCAAGAUGGACGAUCGAGUAAAGCAGUCAGACCUCGCCGAAAGUGAAGAUGUUUCUCUUUAUCUUCUACGUUUUUCUUUCGUUAAUUGCGAUUGUGUUGUCGUGCCAAAUGUAUGAAACUGUUGGACUUGAAAAACAAAAAAAUGUGUACUGUCUUUCCUGAAAAUGUGACGGAUUCAACUCCGACGUCCUUAUUUACACUCGUCUUUGUGCUUGCUGCCUCUAGGGGCACAUUUAGGUUAACUCUGUUUUUUUUUUUGGUUUUUGUUCUUGUGCAUGAAGUUAACAAAACGAGAUGGUGGGGGUCGAUGAGGAUGAACGUCGCAACUCUAUUUAUCAAGAUGACAUCCUCUUUGGCGCGCGUGCGUGAAGCUCUCUUCCUUUUCAUUUCUGCCCCUCGUUUUUUUUUUUCUUCCUUUUCUGUGGAGAUGGGGAUUUGUUUUCACGAUCCGAAACCGUAGGGGAAAGAUGAAAGAUGGAAGUGUUGGCAUAACCCACUUGACGAUCGUUACGCGCGUCAUUGUUGUAUUCCAUUUCAACUGGCGGCUCAAUAUUUUUCUCCUUGCGUUUUGAUCCUUGUCUUUUGUUUCAAUUGAUGUCGAGACGUCAGUCACUUUAUUGAAAAGAAAUCCUUAUUUUGACGUUAACGUGCUGUUGAUGAUGCUAUGUAAUUAUCGUUUUGUUUUGUUUUCUUAAAUUAUUUAAAGAUGAGGAAAAUAAAUCGAGUGUGUUUGAUUCUGUUUAAAAA